UGUGUGUGUGUGUAUGCAUGUGGCUCGCUGUCCGUGACAUCAAACUGACAGGACAUCCUGCUCCUCUGGCGACGGUAGAAAUGCAGAGCUGCAGUUGGACGCAUCAGUGGGGCGGCCACUUAACGCGCUUCUCCUGCGACGCGUCUCCCAGCCGCGUCCUCCACACACCCCACCAUCCAUCCACCACCGAAGCGGCGACGCAAUACCACGACCGCAGCAUCUCACAAUUGAAAGUGAGCAAAGGUUCGGAAUCCGUGUGGCAUCGAUCUCGUCGCCAGGCACUGCAUCGGAGACACGCUGCGAAGCCCACCCGCCUACCCAUCAUGGCGGACGCGGAGAUCCAGUCCCGCUUCGCGCCCCCCAACAAGCCGCUCGAGCCCGACGUCGUGGCCGAGCUGCAGUCCAUGAUGCGGCUGCACGACCUGCCCGCCGAGGACCUCUACUACAAGUGGGACUCGUACUGCAUCAAGCUGGACCUCGACGCGCAGGACGUGUCGCUGCGGCACGUGCGCGGCCUCAAGCAGAGCAUCCAGGACGAGCUCGACAGGGACAGCCGCCGCCAGCACGCGCAGCAGCAGGUCCGCACGGAGCGCAAGGUCAAUGCCACGCCCAAGGCGGGCGGCGCCGACGUCUUCGGCAUGCUGGAUGGCUUGGUGCCUAGCACGCCGGCUACGGGCGCGAGCAAGCUGAGCAGGGGGGCCGGCAGCGCGAGCGCGGCGCGGAGGAGGAUCGAUACCCCCAAGGGCGGCGCCGCGGCGGGGAGCUCGCCGGCUGGCGGCAUGAAGGACCAGCUCAAUGCCAUGCAUGGCGUGUCAGUCUCCUCCUUCAGCGACAGGACAAACCCCGGCGAAGUCAUCGAGAUCCUCAACAACCAGCUGCCCGCCGCCGAGGCGCCCAUGGCCCCGUACGCCGAGCCGAGGAUCAAGCUCGCCGCGAGCUCCGACCAGAAGAAGAUGGCGUACCGGCCGCUUGCCAUGAAGCUCUCCGAGGCGAGCGAGAUCCUCGACGACCGCAUCGACGACUUCCUCGCCCUGGUGCAGGAGCACCACCAGCUCGAGGACUCGGCGUUUGGCAACGCCGCGGCGCAGAGCACGACCGAGGUCGUCGCCGUGGGCCGCAUCGCGUCCGACUCCCUCGAGGGCAAGCUCAACGCCGCGUCGCUCGUGCUCGAGACGUCGCGGCGCACCGGCAUGGGGUUCCGCGUGCCGCUCAGGACGGACAGGCUCCGCGCGUGGAGCUGCUUCCCGGGCCAGAUCGUCGCCCUCAGGGGCAGCAACGCCACGGGCAACGAGUUCGUCGUCAACGAGGUGCUCGAGAUUCCGCUGCUGCCCAACGCGGCGUCCUCGGCCGCCACCCUCGAGGGCGUCAAGGAGAAGCUGCGAGGCGGGCCCGACGCCAUGGAGUCCGACGCAGAGCCCGCGCCGCUGAGCAUCAUCUUCGCGUCGGGCCCUUACACGGCGGACGACAACCUCGACUACGAGCCGCUUCACGCGCUGUGCAGCCAGGCCGCCGACUCGUACGCCGACGCGCUCGUCCUCACGGGCCCGUUCCUCGACAUCGACCACCCGCUCAUCGCGACGGGCGACUUCGACCUGCCUGACGAGGCCAACCACGACCCCGACACGGCCACCAUGGCCACCGUGUUCCGCUACCUCGUCGCCCCGGCCUUUACGCGUCUCGCGUCCGCAAACCCGCACCUCACCGUCGUGCUCGUCCCGUCGGUGCGCGACGUCCUCGCCAAGCACGUCUCCUGGCCGCAGGACACGGUCCCGCGCAAGGAGCUCGGCCUGCCCAAGUCGGUGCGCAUCGUCACCAACCCCAUGACCCUGUCCGUCAACGAAAUGGUCCUCGGCGUCUCCAGCCAGGACGUCCUCUACGAGCUGCGCGCCGAGGAGCUCGCCCCGCCCAAGACCGCCGCCGGCGCCGGCGGCGACCUCAUGAGCAGGCUGGUCAGGUACCUCGUCGAGCAGCGGCACUACUUCCCGCUGUGGCCCGCCGCGGACAGGGCGCGGCUGCCCAAGACGGGCACGGAGGAGGGCGUCGCCACGGGGGCGGUGCUGGACGUGAGCUACCUGAAGCUGGGCGAGAUGGUCAACGUGCGGCCAGACGUCAUGCUCGUGCCCAGUGCCCUGCCGCCGUUUGCAAGGGUCGUCGAGAGCGUCCUCGCCGUCAACCCAGGCUACCUGUCCAAGCGCAGGGGCGCGGGCACGUACGCGCGCAUGACGCUGCACCCACCCAAGACGGAGGGCGAGCACGGCGACACCAUGCUGGGCCACAAGGUCUUCCACCGGGCGCGCGUCGAGAUUGUAAGGAUAUGAGAAAGAAAGCGUAGGGGGGCGAGAAACAGGGAACGCCAUUUGGGGAGCUUGAUUGGUUCCGGGGCGCAACAAGGGUCGACGUGUUUGAUCAUCUCGCGCGCGCUCGCUCCCAUCCAUGUAAAGGGUAGGCGUGCGGCGUGAAAGGGGGGGUAUAUUGCUUUGUAACUUUUGGGGGCCAUCAUGACACUUUCAGUCUUGAUGGCUCCUGAUGUGACAACACGUUUAUGAAUACAACAACGCGCAGCAAGUGGCGGCAGGUGGUGGUGGUGUACCCUUGCCUGUCCGUCAUCUGUCUGCCUCGACGUCCACCCGCC